AUGGCCGAGGCCACCUCUGCCUCCGGGGGCACGUCCCUGGAUGGCGAGCGCGGCAAGAGGCCCCCACCCGAGGGCGAGCCGGCAGCCCCGGCAUCCGGAGUGCUGGAUAAGCUUUUCGGGAAGCGGCUCCUGCAGGCGGGACGUUACUUGGUAUCUCACAAGGCCUGGAUGAAGACGGUGCCCACGGAGAACUGCGACGUGUUGAUGACCUUCCCAGACACCACCGAUGACCACACGUUGCUAUGGCUGCUGAACCACAUCCGCGUGGGCAUCCCCGAGCUCAUCGUGCAAGUCCGCCACCACCGCCACACGCGUGCCUACGCCUUCUUUGUCACCGCCACCUAUGAGAGCCUGCUCCGAGGGGCCGAUGAGCUGGGCCUGCGCAAAGCGGUGAAGGCCGAGUUUGGAGGGGGCACACGCGGUUUCUCCUGCGAGGAAGAUUUCAUCUAUGAGAACGUAGAAAGUGAACUGCGGUUCUUCACCUCCCAGGAACGCCAGAGCAUCAUCCGCUUCUGGCUGCAGAACCUGCGAGCCAAACAGGGCGAGGCAUUGCACAACGUGCGCUUCCUGGAGGACCAGCCAAUCAUCCCCGAGCUGGCGGCCCGCGGAAUCAUCCAGCAGGUGUUCCCAGUGCACGAGCAGCGCAUCCUGAACCGCCUCAUGAAAUCGUGGGUGCAGGCGGUGUGCGAGAACCAGCCUCUAGAUGAGAUCUGCGACUAUUUCGGUGUGAAGAUCGCUAUGUACUUCGCCUGGCUGGGCUUCUACACCUCGGCCAUGGUGUACCCGGCCGUCUUUGGCUCAGUGCUGUACACCUUCACGGAAUCGGAUCAGACAAGCCGAGACGUGUCCUGCGUGGUCUUCGCCCUUUUCAACGUGGUCUGGUCCACGUUGUUCCUGGAGGAGUGGAAGCGGAGGGGGGCAGAGCUGGCCUACAAGUGGGGGACUCUAGACUCUCCAGGGGAAGCCGUGGAGGAGCCACGACCUCAGUUCAGGGGUGUCCGGCGCAUCAGCCCAGUGACCAGAGCCGAGGAGUUCUACUACCCGCCCUGGAAGCGGUUGCUCUUCCAGCUGCUAGUCAGCCUGCCGCUGUGCCUGGCCUGCCUGGCCUGUGUCUUCUUGCUCAUGCUUGGCUGUUUCCAGCUGCAGGAGCUGGUGCUGAACGUGAAAGGGCUGCCCCGUCUGGCCCGCUUCCUGCCCAAGGUCAUGCUGGCCGUGCUGGUCAGCGCCAGCGCUGAGGGCUACAAAAAGCUUGCCAUCUGGCUCAAUGACAUGGAGAACUACCGACUGGAGAGCGCCUACGAGAAGCACCUUAUCAUCAAGGUGGUCCUGUUUCAGUUUGUAAAUUCGUACCUGAGCCUCUUCUAUAUUGGCUUCUACCUCAAGGACAUGGAGCGUCUCAAAGAGAUGCUGGCCACCCUGCUCAUCACCCGCCAGUUCCUUCAGAACGUGCGUGAGGUGCUGCAGCCACACCUGUACCGGCGGCUAGGCCAUGGCGAGCUGGGCCUCCGGGCCGUCUGGGAGCUGGCCCGUGCCCUGCUGGGCCUGCUAGGACCUCGGUGCCCUGCACCUCGUCACCUGGAACCCCAGGCUGAGGAAGGGGCUGGCAGUGGUGGUGUAGGGGGCCGCAGGUGUCUCCGUGGGGGCUGUGGGGCACCUGAAGAGGAAGAGGAGGCAACAGUGGAGCGGCGGCCAGCUGGAGAAGGUGGAGAGGAGGGGGAGGGACUGCGGGGGGGCCCAGAGGAGGUGGAGGAGGACGAGGAUGAGGAUGAGGAGGACGAUGAGGAAGAGGAGGAGGGGGAGGACGGUGGCCUCCUGGACUGCGGGCUUCGGCUGAAGAAGGUCAGCUUCGCAGAGCGGAGCACCGGGCGGCCCCGUGGCCCAAGCCCAGAGGCCCUGCUGGAGGAGGGCAGCCCCACCAUGGUGGAGAAGGGUCUGGAGCCCGGUGUGUUCACGUUGGCCGAGGACGAUGACGAGGCCGAGGGCGCCCCCAGCAGCCCCGAGCACGAUCCUACUGCCGUGCUGCUGCGCCGGGCUGGGGGUGAGGGCCGCGACCAGGGCCCCAACGGGGUCCCAGAGCCAGAGCCGGGCACAAGUGACUCAGCCCGCCGCCAGCGGCGACAGAACCGGGCGUCCUGGAUUGACCCGCCCGAGGAAGAACACUCACCCCAGCUCACGCAAGCCGAGCUGGAGAGCUGCAUGAAAAAGUACGAGGACACGUUCCAGGACUACCAAGAGAUGUUCGUACAGUUUGGCUACGUCGUGCUCUUCUCCUCGGCCUUCCCGCUCGCUGCGCUCUGCGCCCUCAUCAACAAUCUCAUCGAGAUUCGCAGUGAUGCCUUCAAGCUGUGCACGGGCCUGCAGCGACCCUUUGGCCAACGCGUGGAGAGCAUUGGCCAGUGGCAGAAGGUGAUGGAGGCCAUGGGCGUGCUGGCUAUUGUGGUCAACUGCUACCUGAUUGGCCAGUGUGGACAGCUGCAGCGCCUCUUCCCCUGGCUCGGUCCGGAGGCCGCCAUUGUGUCCCUGGUGGUGCUCGAGCACUUCGCUCUGCUGCUCAAGUACCUCAUCCACGUGGCCAUCCCUGACAUCCCGGGUUGGGUGGCCGAGGAGAUGGCCAAGCUGGAGUACCAGCGCCGGGAGGCCUUCAAGAAGCACGAGCGCCAAGCUCAGCACCACUUCCAGCAGCAGCAGCGCAGGCGCCGGGAGGAGGAGGAGCGUCAGCGGCACGCAGAGCAUCACGCCCGGCGCGAGCGCGACACCAGCGGCUCCCGGGACGAGUCACGACCGGAGGGCUCCGGGCUCGACCCCAGCGCUGGACCCGAUAAGGCCUCGAGCAAGGCCAAGGGCGGUGGGGCAGGCGGCCACGGCACAGAGCGGCCCAAGCGCCCAGGCUCGCUGCUGGCACCCAACAAUGUCAUGAAGCUGAAGCAGAUCAUCCCGCUGCAGGGCAAGUUCCUGUCCUCCGGGGCCGCAGCCUCGCCGGCCGCCUCGGGCACCAGCCCCACCGCCAGGCCAGCUGCCGCCCAGUCUCCCACGGGCAGUGACACCCGCCUGCCUGCCUUCCUCAAGUUCCUCAAGUCUCCCGAGACCCGGCGGGACCCCGAACAACGCAGCCACUCACCGCCCAAAGCCUUCCACGCCGGCAAGCUCUUUCCCUUCGGCGGGGCCCGGGCCGAGGCCGGGGCCAACGGGGCGGGCGGGCAGGCCCGGCUGGACGGGAUCUCCGGCGGCGGCCGGCCCCAGCGGAGUGGGCCGGCGGACGAGGCCGCGGCAGAGGAGCUGGAGGCCGCCCGGCCAGAGGAGGAAGCCUCAGGGACAGCGCUGGCCCCAGUGGGCACCCCUGCCCUCCGCACCCGCCGCAGCCGGAGCCCUGCGCUGCCAUCGCCGCCACCGCCACCGCCUCCACCCCGGCCCCUGACGCCACCUCCUACUGGCUGCUGGCAGUGGGAUGGGCCAUGGGGCUGCGGGGGCGAGGGCACUGCCCCACGCCAGGUCCCUGCCACUGCUGCCGCCGCUGCCGAGUGCCCACCCUGUGCCCACGCUGGGCCACCACCUGCCCCACAGCCCUUGCCAGGGGACGCCAGCUUCUAUAGUCUCCUGCCCCUUCCACCACCUGCCUCAGAGCACCCUGAAUCUUCUGAGCCGGCACCCAGCCCGAGCCCCCAGGCCUUGUGCUGGCCCAGUGGCUGGCACUAG